AUGACGGCGGCCAGACAGCAGCUGCGAUACGAGUGUGAGCGUCAGUACCGAUCCACGCCCCGACCGAGCCACGCCCCGACCGAGCCACGCCCCGACCCAUCCACGCCCCGACCGAAGCCAUGUCCCGACCGAUCCACGCCCCGACCGAGCCACGCCCCGACCGAGCCACGCCCCGACCGAUCCACGCCCCCACAGACCGAUCCACGCCCUGACCGAUCCACGCCCCCACAGACCGAUCCACGCCCCGACCGAGCCACGCCCCGACCGAUCCACGCCCCGACCGAGCCACGCCCCCACAGACCGAUCCACGCCCCGACCGAGCCACGCCCCGACCGAAGCCAUGUCCCGACCGAUCCACGCCCCGACCGAGCCACGCCCCCACAGACCGAUCCACGCCCCAACCGAGCCACGCCCCCACAGACCGAUCCACGCCCCGACCGAGCCACGCCCCGACCCAUCCACGCCCCGACCGAAGCCAUGUCCCGACCGAUCCACGCCCCGACCGAGCCACGCCCCCACAGACCGAUCCACGCCCCGACCGAGCCACGCCCCGACCGAAGCCAUGUCCCGACCGAUCCACGCCCCGACCGAGCCACGCCCCCACAGACCGAUCCACGCCCUGACCGAUCCACGCCCCGACCAAUCCACGCCCCGACCGAAGCCAUGUCCCGACCGAUCCACGCCCCAACCGAGCCACGCCCCGACCGAGCCACGCCCCCACAGACCGAUCCACGCCCCGACCGAGCCACGCCCCGACCCAUCCACGCCCCGACCGAAGCCAUGUCCCGACCGAUCCACGCCCCGACCGAGCCACGCCCCCACAGACCGAUCCAUGCCCUGACCGAUCCACGCCCCCACAGACCGAUCCACGCCCCGACCGAGCCACGCCCCGACCAAUCCACGCCCCGACCCAUCCACGCCCCGACCGAAGCCAUGUCCCGACCGAUCCACGCCCCGACCGAGCCACGCCCCCACAGACCGAGCCACGCCCCGACCGAGCCACGCCCCGACCCAUCCACGCCCCGACCGAAGCCAUGUCCCGACCGAUCCACGCCCCGACCGAGCCACGCCCCCACAGACCGAUCCACGCCCCGCCUGAAGCCACGCCCUGACCCAUCCACGCCCCGACUGAUCCAUGCCCCGACAGAGCCAUGCUCCGACCGACCGAUCCACGCCCCGACUGAUCCACGCCCCGACAGAGCCGCGCCCCGAUCGAUCCACGCCCCGACAGACCGAUCCACACCCCGACCGAGCCACGCCCCGACCGAGCCACGCCCCGACCGAUCCACGCCCCGACCGAUCCACGCCCCCACAGACCGAUCCACGCCCCGCCUGAAGCCACGCCCCGACCGAUCCACGCCCCGACUGAUCCACGCCCCGACAGAGCCACGCCCCGACAGAACCGCGCCCCGACAGAGCCACGCCCCAACAGACCGAUCCACACCCCGACCGAGCCACGCCCCGACCGAUCCACGCCCCCACCAACCGAUCCACACCCCGACCGAGCCGCGCCUCGACCGAUCCACGCCCCCACCAACCGAUCCACGCCCCGACAGAGCCACGCCCCGACCGAUCCACGCCCCGACCGAGUUCUAUGUCUCUUAA